CGCAGGCUCAGUUCCCAGCUCCCAGCGGCGCGUUGCUCUUUCCCGGUUUCCUAGCCUCCCUGCAGGUGGACGCCGCCUCUUCGCUGUCUUCCUUUGGUUACUGCCUGCCCUGUGCUCCGUCCGGUCCCUCGCUUCGCAGCCUCCCAGCUCCUGGGUCCGGUGCUCUCGCCCUCACGUCUUCGCCGGCGACAGACCCAUGGCAGAGCGCGGGGAACUCGACCUGACUGGCGCCAAACAGAACACCGGAGUGUGGCUGGUCAAGGUUCCUAAAUAUUUGUCACAGCAAUGGGCUAAAGCCCCUGGAAGAGGUGAAGUUGGGAAACUGCGGAUUGCCAAGAAUCAAGGAAGGACUGAGGUGUCAUUUACUUUGAAUGAGGAUCUUGCAAAUAUUCAUGAUAUUGGCGGAAAACCAGCUUCAGUCAGUGCUCCUAGAGAACAUCCAUUUGUCUUACAAAGUGUUGGAGGACAGACAUUAACAAUUUUUACUGAGAGCUCAUCAGAUAAGCUUUCAUUGGAAGGAAUAGUGGUACAAAGAGCUGAAUGCCGACCUGCUGCCAGUGAAAACUACAUGAGGUUAAAGAGAUUGCAAAUAGAAGAGUCUUCCAAACCUGUAAGGCUGUCACAGCAGUUGGACAAAGUUGUGACAACCAAUUACAAACCUGUUGCUAAUCAUCAGUAUAAUAUUGAAUAUGAAAGGAAAAAGAAAGAAGAUGGAAAACGAGCUCGAGCUGAUAAACAACACGUUUUAGACAUGCUGUUUUCAGCUUUUGAGAAACAUCAAUAUUAUAAUCUUAAGGAUUUGGUGGAUAUCACAAAACAACCUGUGGGGUACCUGAAGGAAAUCUUAAAAGAAAUUGGAAUUCAGAAUGUAAAGGGUAUCCACAAAAACACCUGGGAGCUGAAGCCAGAGUACCGGCAUUACCAGGGGGAAGAGAAGAGCGAUUAGGAGGACGCGGCGGCCGGGGCCGACAACGCAGUUAACAGGCGCACCCCGGGAACCUGGGGAACCCCGGCCGCGGGCCUCAGCGCCGUCUGCUGUAGCGGUAGAAUGUAGCUUUCAUUCUCUAGGUAGAUUUUUUAAACACUGAUUCUUGCAAAGCCACUUAAGUGUUUUCUGAGGAGAAAGAACAAAUUUAUUUAUAGACUUAAUUUGUAUUAAAUCAGAUUAUUGAUGAUGGGGUUAGGUGUUGGAGGGUUAAGAAGGUUAUUCUCUUGAAAUAGUAACUUUUAAAAUGAAAAAUUAGGAAAUGCUUUCUAAAUGAGGACUCUGUCCUUAUUUUACCUCUGAGGAGCUGAGGUGUAAGAGACCCAAAGUGAAUGGCAUAACAAGAAAAAACGUAGUCAACUACAGAAAUUCUUAAAAGUAAUGAAAAGCCCAAGUCCCUUAUCUGAAAUUGUCAAAGAAUGACGGUGUCUUAAUUUUUUUCUAUAUGUUUUAUAUUCACAUACAUUAAUAAAGGGAGAGCAUUUAUUUUGUACCAAGAUAGCAGUUUUCAUCCUUACCUGUAUCCUAAUGAUAGUGAAUGAGAAUGAAAAUUCUGGUCAGUGGGUGUUUUUAUUUGCUUUUAAAUAAUUAGAAAUUAAAUACUUUAACAACAAUUCGUGAUCUGUCUCCCCCAUCCAGAAUUAUAAGCUUCUCAAAGCCUGACUUUGCCCACACUCAGCAGGCACAUAUUGACUGUUAUAUGACAAAGAAUAUUGACAAACUGAAGGAGGAUCAUAGGGGUGAGGCUGAUACAUGCUCCGCAGUCUGAAACCACACCCACAAGACCAUCAAAACUAAAGAACGGUGGCAAACUAAACACAACAAAAAAUUGUUUUUGACUCGUUCAUUGUGUCAGCUACUUCGUCAUGCUCGCAACCAAGAAGUAGCCAAUGCCAAAAGGUUAAGAGAAUGUUAUGUAAGUAAAACAAAUCAAGUAAAUACCUAUCCAUUGAGACAAAAAAAAUUUUUGUAUUGUUUUUUAGCAACAGCACACUGGAAUGCUGAGGUUGACUACCAGAGUACACUAAAAAAAUAUGUAUCCUUGCAUUCCCACUGUAAAAUAAAGCUUCCUUCUGAUUAAUUCCUUA